CGUUCGCGCGAUGCCAUUUCCCUUCCGGAGAUCCCAAGAAACGAAACGAAACGAAACAAAUACACAGACACACGAGCCGGCUCCCCUCACCCCCGAGCAUUCGCCAGUGAGAGAGAGAGGGAGAGCAUGGCGUCCAACACCGCACCUGCGCCCGCCGCCGACGAUGAGCUGCUGCACGAGUUCGGCCCGCUGCUCCGAGUCUACAAGAGCGGCCGCCUCGAGCGCCCCCUCGUGCUCCCGCCCGUCGCGCCGGGGCUCGACCCCUCCACCGGUGUCCAGUCCAAGGACGUCGACCUCGGCGCCUACUCCGCCCGCCUCUACCUGCCCCCCACCGCCGCGACCACCACCGCGAAGCUCCCCGUCAUCGUCUACGUCCACGGCGGCGGCUUCGUGGCCGAGUCCGCAAAGUCCCCCAACUACCACCGCUUCCUCAACGACCUCGCCUCCGCCUGCCCGGCCCUCGGCGUCUCCCUCGACUACCGCCUCGCGCCGGAGCACCCGCUCCCGGCGGCGUACGACGACUGCCUCGACGCGCUCCGCUGGGUGCUCUCCGCGGCGGACCCCUGGGUGGCCGCGCACGGCGACCUCGCCCGCGUCUUCGUGGCGGGCGACAGCGCCGGGGCCAACAUCUGCCACCACGUCGCCAUCCAGCCGGGCGCCGCGCGGCUCGGGGGCGCGGUGCUGAUCCACCCCUGGUUCUGGGGCUCCGAGGCCGUGGGGGAGGAGACGACCGACCCCGCGGCGCGCGCCCGGGGCGCGGGGCUCUGGAUGUUCGCGUGCCCGGCCACCACCGGCAUGGACGACCCGCGGAUGAACCCCAUGGCGCCCGGCGCGCCGGGGCUGGGGGCGCUGGCGUGCGAGCGGGUGAUGGUGUGCACGGCGGAGGGCGACUUCCUCAGGUGGCGCGGCCGCGCGUACGCGGAGGCGCUGGCCGCCGCCGGCAAGGGGGUGGAGCUGCUGGAGACGGACGGGGAGGGCCAUGUCUUCUACCUCUUCAAGCCCGACUGCGACAAGGCCAAGGAGAUGCUCGACAGGAUCGUCGCCUUCGUUAACGCAGCACCUUGAUGCUCUCCUCACCGGAGAUGCAACUCGGUGAAUUUUGGUUAUGGCAAAUCCUAGACGUGUUUGUGCUCCGUUCUUGGAUUGCGACGAUGAAAUAAAUUGGAUUUACCGGAGCAGCUCCAAUCAUCCUCCUGUUUCCUCA